GUUAGUGACGCAGCGGUGGAAGAGCGUGUCAGGUGUCUCAAGGUUUCACAAAAAGAGUGACAACGGAAGUUCGCACAGGUAUUUAGAUCGCAGCCAGAGAUGGAAAGUGGUCCAUUCAAUCGACGUUCCUGGGCGGCACAGUCCCUGCGUGUCACUGCGAAGGAGCUGUCCCUCAGCGGCCGAGGGAAAAACAACGCCAUUGCUGAACGCUUCUCCAAGUACCAGAAAGCUGCUGAGGUGUCCAGUUCCGAGAAGAAAAAAGGAUCUUCUGAGAGUGCAUCACCCAAACUGCGGUUAGGCAACCUCAGUGCUCUGAAGAAGCGCUGGGAGCAGGCACAGGUGAAGCCUUCUUCGGUCCCAGCUCCUAGCCAGUCGAGCACUCGCUGCAGGCUUCCUGCUCUGGCCAGGCCUGCUUCUAUCACUGAGCCCCGUCCUCCAUUAAAGAGCCCUGGCCUGCCCACCGAUCAGGGAGGUCAGCUCACAGCCAGUUGUGUCCUGCAGCCCGGAGCAGCUCCAGAAGCAUCCGAAGGUGAAGAGCAGAGGGGGAUGGACAGGAAUGAGCUGACACACCAUGGAAGACCUGAAAAGCUUGAUGAGAAGGUUCCAACCAGCCUGUGUGCCUCUUAUGAAAAACCCAGAGUGCCACUGACCAACCUGAAGAUGAAGUUUGAGAGGGGAGAGGAUAUCAUGGGCAAGGGUGGCAGGACGACACUACGCAGUACUUCAUCAGAGGACAUGGACCAACAUGGUCUGUCUGUGCAUGACAGAGUUCUGGAUUCCACAUCCAUGAAGGAGAAGAUGGCCAAAUACCAGGCUGCCGUUUUUAAACAAGGCACCUCUCGCUCUGGUCUGGACCCAGAGGUGCCUGCUCCUAAAACAUGUGCACCAGUAAAUCAGAACCACAAUCCUGCACCUGAGUGCAAUGGGGAGAGCAGCGAGCAACCCAAAGCAUCAAGAAAGUUCAGCCCACCGGUGAAGGAGACGUGCAUUGCUUGUCGGAAGACGGUGUACCCGCUGGAGAGACUGAUGGCUCUUCAACAUGUCUACCACAAAAGUUGCUUUCGCUGUGUUCACUGCAACACAAAGCUCAGUCUUGGGAGUUAUGCCUCUCUGCAUGGCAACGUCUACUGCAAGCCCCAUUUCAGCCAGCUGUUUAAAGCUAAAGGCAACUACGAUGAGGGCUUUGGCCAUCGGCCUCACAAGGAGCUUUGGGAGCCUCGUGAAGAUGGAGACCAAGGUGAGGAAGAGGUGACGCCAAAGGAACAAGAGGAACCAGCAGUGGUGACGCGUCCAGCUGAGAGUAUCUCAGACAAACAGGAGACCCCAACUGUUGAAACAUCCCCACAGGUAAAGGUGACAGACCUAACUGCCUUACUUGAGACACGUGUGCAGACACACGCCAGGUCUGGGGAGAAGCUUGAGUCUACAGAGAAGCUGGCUGAGAAACGCAGGCUGAGGAUCGCCUGGCCUCCCCCAGCUGACGAAGGCCACUCUGGGACAGAAGCACUUAGUCCAGUCACAGAGGGAGUUUCUUCUGGCCGACCCUGGAGAUCCAAGUGGCCCCCAGGGGACGAGGAGCCAUCAUCCUUCCAGAGCUCAGACCAAGCUGAACUGAAGAGCCUGAGGAGGAGCUCUUCUCUAAAGGAGCGCAUACGGCCUUUUACAAUCGCAGCUAAACCCAGCCCCGCAACCAAUAUGGGACCCAGGGAACCUCGUCGCCCUCUCAAAUCCCUGCUGGAAUGGAGAACAUCAUUCGAGGAAAAACAAUCAUCUGGAGAACCACCCAAAGAGAAUAAGCUGGAGCAUCAGCAAGGGAAACAGCAGGAGAAAAAAGAGAAGACGAUGCCUCAAAUUCAGAGCCAAGACACAGCUAAUGAACAUGAGGCCAUCUUAGAGGAGGACGUGGAGAGAGAGCAACAGGAAGAAAGAAAGAAACGAGUACAGAGAGGAAAGGCAGCAGCAGAGAAGAUGGUGGUAGAAGAAGGCUCUCUUCGAAGCAUCUCCCCAGAAAUCUCACCGUCCCCAUCUCCACCGUUACAGCCAAAACAAAACCGCGCCUCCCAGGAUGUGGGCUUCUGGGAGGAGGACAAGGAAGGAAGUGAUGCAGAGGAGCUGAGUGCAGAGGAUAUAAUCAAGAGGAACCGCUACUAUGACGAGGAGGACUCUGACUCAUAGGAACAACGUGCAGUCUUACUGUCAUGUCCAUCUACCAUAUAACACUUUCUCAGUUUAUAGGUAGAUCACAAAUGUAGCUUUGCCAGAUUUUAUAGUGUUAUGGGAGAGGUUUAAAAGAUGUGUAAUAGGUGUGUGUAUGUGCUUUUUUAUCGCAAUAUCUGCCUUUAAUUGUUAAAGUACAAAUACUUGAUUUUGAAAUAUAUAUUUGAAUUAUACUGUACAAUAUCUAAUACGGCUUGAAAAUUAACUGUGAUUAUACUGGAAGGUGGGCAUCUAUUAAAUGUAAUCAUCUCUUGAUAAUUAUAUGCACCAUCAGUGGUGUAUUGUCCAAAAACCAUUAUACUUUAUGCAGCGCUUUAAAUGCUGACAGGCAGAAGCUUCCGAUUCAAGCAAAACAGUCAAAAUGUCUAUUUUUGCUCUUUUUGCUAUUUUUGCAUAGAAUGCAUAAAAUACUGAAAUAUCUUAUACCAAAAAGCACACACUUUUUACAAGGUUUUUGGAGAGUAAAUGCCUUUUUGUAGUUCCAAUUUUUACAUAUUUCCUCAAUUUAAAUUGUAAAUUGAAGAAAAAGCAAAACAACCCUAAUGACGAUGAUCAGGGUUAGGGUUUAGCAAACUGCAAAAACUUAUAUUUACAGUUACUAGUAAUGUUUAAAUACUAUAGAGCAGACACUAAGUCGUCUCCUGCUUGGACUGUUAUUGAGCCUUUAACUUCUCCCAGCACCCGAACAUAUACAGACGAGUCAGGAAACCCUAAUACCACUAUCCUGCAGGGGGCUCUCUGGUUUGGAGGAGAAUUUGCUUUUUCCUGGUCAAAAUGUGCUUCUGAACUGUUCUAAUAACCAUAACUACAAUACAAGGAGAACAUGUGAUUAAUCAAGGUUUCUACUGAUAGCUAUCCUUUCAGUUUAAUAGCAAAUAAGUCAUCUCUUUGGACCUUCUGGAUGUGUGUUUAACAUUUUCAAAUGUAAAACUCUUGGUUUGCCCUGCCGAAUAUGUUUUUACAAAUUUGUAUAAUGACACUUCGGGCAUUACAGUCUGAACUGUUGUUGAAACAUAAUUAAAAUGUAAAUCCAGA